CUAUUUUUAAGGUUAUAAUAUUUAAAAAAUAUUAAUUUUAUUCUCUAUUUAAAAAUAAAUUUAUAAAACCAUUACAGACAUGCCUAGAAAAUGCUCAGUAGGUAAUUGUCGUCGAAAUUAUGACAGUGCAAAUGAGCAUGUUAAAGUUUACAAAUUUCCAAGUGACAAAGAAUUAUGUGAAAGAUGGUUAGCAGCUUUACCAAAUAAAAUUCAAUCACCAACAGACAAUAUGGGUGUUUGUGAAAAGCACUGGCCUUUGGGGUGUAGUAUGCACUAUCCAAAAAGAUCUAAAUAUCAGAUUCCAUCAGAUCCUCCUUCACUAUUUCCUGGGUGUUUUCCUUCAAUGUUACGACAAACAGGCAAAACAUUCCCUCAAACAAAUUUUGAAAAAAUUUCAAUUAAAUCAAGAAACUCAUUCUGUGAUGAACUCGAUUCUUUCAACAAAAUUGAUAAAAUAAAAAAUUUUGAAGUCAAACAGUUUCUUACAGAUGUAAAGCAGCGGUUUCCUGAUUAUUUUGUUGUUACAAAUGCAUUGGAUCUGACUGUUUUUAAUAUGACAUUUUCGCGUCCACCAGAAACUAAUAUUUCUGUUACAAUCAAUACUCACACUCAACAGUUACAUGCUUAUAUCAAACACACACAAAUUCAUUGCAAUGAUAUUUUGGGGUUUUCUCACAAACUCACUCGGUGGUCGCAGUUAGAAGCAAUUAUUUCAAGAAUGAAGUCAUCUAAACCUCAAUUAAGCGAGGAACUAAAACAUUUAUUGCAAGAGAUUAAAUGUACAUAUGGAGAAAAAUCUGAUGAAAUAAAUUUUUUGAUUGAACAACUACAACUGCAGAUGAUGCCUGUGAGAGGCAAGCGUUACUCUACGCUAGUUGUACGACGAGCUUUAGAACUCUACCUUUCUUCAAGAUGCUGCUAUCGAAUUCUUUGUGAUACACUUUCACUCCCACAUCCAAGAAUUCUUAAACUAAAAUUAGGCAGAAUCGGUGAAGUAGGAACACAAAAAGAAUGUGAAGAAUGUAUUAAAACCGUGUUUGAAACAUUAACUAUUGCGGAAAAACGUUGCUGCCUGCUAUUUGAUGAAAUGUAUGUAAAACCAAGUAUACGUUUUCGUGGAUGUCAUUUAAUUGGUUAUAGUGAAGACAAUCCUGCUGAAAUUUCCAAGACAAUUCUUUGUUUUAUGAUUAAGCCAAUGUUUGGAAAACCAGCUUUUGUGUGUCGUAUGGCUCCAGUUUAUAAGCUAUCUGGCAUUUUUGUACAAAAUUUAAUUGUUGAAAUCACACAGACAGUUGCUAAACUUGGUGGAGAAAUUUUAUGCCUUAUUUCAGACAAUCUUCCCACAAAUCGUAGCAUAUAUCAAUUUUUUGCUUUAAGUUUAAAUGAGCCAUGGCUUGGUAAUAUUUGCAACCAAAGUAUAAUAAUGCUUCAUGAUCCAGUGCACUUGUUUAAAUCAAUUCGAAAUAACUGGCUUACAUAA